AUGCUGCCACUCAAGUUCGUCACCCUGGACGUGUUCACCUCCAAGCCCUUCAGCGGCAAUCCACUCGCCGUCGUCUUCCUCCCCGACUCCACCGCCACCCCCCUCACCCAGCGACAAAAGCAUAUCAUCACGCUAGAAUUCAACCUCUCCGAAACCAUCUUUGUCUACCCAGUGCAGGACCCCACCAAGCGCACCAUCGACAUCUUCACCCUCGAGUGCGAGAUCCCUUUCGCGGGGCAUCCGACCAUCGGCGCCGCAUCCUGGUUCCUGCGACUCUCGGGCGAUGCCGUCACCAGCCUGGUCACCAAGUCCGGCGAGAUCCCCAUCCGCAUCGCAGACGGGGAUAGCGAGGCCGUGGCCGCGCAGAUCGCGCACAACACGCGCAUCCAUGCGAAGCGCUUCCCGCUCGCUGACCUGCUGCACCUGCACCCGACGCUGAAGACGUACUUUCCCGACGCGAGCACGAGUUUCCCGCUGUUCUCGAUCGUCCAGGGCAUGAGCCAGACAUUCAUUGAGCUGCCCUCACUCGAGGCGCUCGCGGAGGUCACGCGCGCGACGGGCGGCGACUUGCUCUCCGCCGAGAACGACCAGUACCUGGACGCGGGGUGGCAGAGCGGACUCAUCUGCACGUACUUCUUCGUGCGGGGGGUGGCCGACGUGACGGGGCAGACGGUCAUCCGCACCCGCAUGAUACUGGGGUCGCUGGAGGAUCCGGCGACGGGCAGCGCGGCGAGCGGGUUGGCCUCAUAUCUGGCGCUGACGGAGGGGAGCACGGGGCAGGAGUGCCGGUAUCAUUUUGUGCAGGGGGUGGAGAUGGGGAGGCGCAGUGACAUUGGGGUGCAGGUGGUGCUGGGCGUGGAGAGGAAUAUUGAGCAGGUGGUGCUGACGGGGACGGCGGUGCAGGUUUCCGAGGGGACCAUCUCAGUGCCGGACGUUUGA